AUGCAAGCCAUGGUGGUGCCAGGUGCGACAUUAAGUUUCCAUGUUUGGCCCGGGUCCAAACGUCCGCUUCUACCUGGUGAAGCUCCAGCCCAGACGGUGUAUGUGCAUUGGUUUACGACAUCAAAGGCGGCUGCAUUAGUUAAGGUGAAUAAUAGACCCAAGGGAAAAGAGAAGAGGAAGGAUAUUGAUGCGGCUCGUUUUGGUUUUAACAAGCUUUACGAGCACUUUUGUAUUCGCUAG